AUGUCAUCAAUUAUUGCGAUUAUAGAACAACGUUUGAAUGAAGUUGAAAGACAAUAUGACACAUUUAGUGUUAUUCUACCAAAUGUAAUGACGCAAAAAUCGAAAACAUAUGGAGGAAGAGAUGGGACUAUUCGAUCUCUUAGAAAACCUCAAGAGCAUAGCAACGGAUAUGAUGGAAAAGCAUAG